UGAGAUCCCAGUCAACGCAAGCACAACAAGACUGGUACCAGGCGAAGUAGUAUCUAUCUUAUUUGCUAGUGCUUUUGCAUCGGCAACGGCUUCCCAACCCGUGCAGCCCGCGCAUCCCGUAUAGGAAGUGACCAACCAACAGCCGGAAGAUGGCCCAAUCCCAUCGGGAAAGGGACAAGGAUCGGGACCGGGGCCGUGAUUCUGGGCCGCUACCGAAUCGCUGGCUAUAUUGUCCUCGUAAAAGCGACACCAUCAUUGCGGAGCGCUUUCUCGCAUUCAAAACACCGUUAAGCGCCAAUUUUCAGGACAAAAUGCCCAUAGAGUGCACCUUUCGACCGGAGAUGCUUUUCGACUAUUGCAAGACCACGAAGUUGAAACUGGGUCUAUGGGUGGAUUUGACAAACACAAAACGGUUUUACGACCGAGCCACAGUAGAGGAGCGCGGCACUCAGUACAUUAAGCUCCAGUGCCGUGGACAUGGCGAGACCCCGUCGCCGGAACAAACGCGCAGCUUUAUAGAAAUCGUAGACAACUUCAUCAACGAGCGUCCCUUCGAUGUGAUUGCCGUUCACUGCACCCACGGCUUUAAUCGCACAGGCUUUCUAAUUGUCUCGUACAUGGUUGAGCGUUUGGAUUGUUCCGUGGAAGCUGCACUGUCCGUCUUCGCCAAUGCCCGUCCGCCAGGUAUCUACAAGCAGGAUUACAUCAAUGAACUGUACAAGCGCUACGAGGACGAGGAGGAUGCCCCACAGGCCCCAGAGCAGCCCAACUGGUGUCUGGACUAUGAUGACAGCAAUGGUGAUGGAUCCGCUUCGGAGUUGGACAGUCGAAAGCGUCACUUCGACGAUCACAGCUCUUCCACGUCCACUGGGCAGAGUCAUGGUGAGGCGGGACAGGAUGGUGACGAUGCGGAAGAUCAAGAGGGUGAAGAGGGCGAUGGCGAUGCCUCCACUUCGGACGGACAACCGAAAAAGAAACGGCGACGCGAAAUGGUAGUCAAGAAUGCCACAUUUAUGGCCGGUGUUCCCGGCGUACGCCAGGUUAGUGAUCAACCCAGACUGGGAGAACUGCAGCGAAAGGUUCAGGACUGGUGCAAUUGGAACAAGAACGGGUUCCCAGGUUCACAGCCAGUUUCCAUGGAUAGGCACAACAUUAAACGCCUCAGUGAGAUUCCAUACCGUGUGUCCUGGAAGGCGGACGGUACGCGUUACAUGAUGCUCAUCGACGGCCGCGACGAGGUCUACUUCUUCGAUCGCAACCACUCGUGCUUUCAGGUGGAAAGCGUUGCCUUUGUUGACGGCAAGAACCUUAACGAACACUUGGAGGGCACACUCGUGGAUGGGGAAAUGGUGCUGGACAAGGUUGGUGAAACAGUGACGCCACGAUAUCUGGUCUAUGACAUUGUGAGACUUUCGCAUCGCGACGUUAAAGACGAGCCCUUCUUCCCCAACCGACUGGAUUACAUUAAAAAGGAAGUGAUAGGCCCUCGCAUCCUUGGAAUGAAGCAUGGUAUCAUCAACCAGCGACUGCAGGCUUUCAGUGUGCGGGGCAAGGAUUUCUGGGACAUUUGGAUGUCCGCCCGACUUCUAGGCGAAAAGUUUGCGCGCACAUUAACUCACGAGCCGGACGGUCUGAUCUUUCAGCCGUCGCAGCAGCCCUACAUGGCUGGCGUCUGCUCGGAUGUAUUCAAGUGGAAGCCGCACGAACUAAAUUCUGUAGACUUUCGGCUGAAGGUCAUCAUGGAACGGGGCGAGGGUCUCCUCACCAAGAAGGUGGGCUUCCUUUAUGUGGGCGGCCACGAUGCUCCCUUUGGUCGAAUGCAGAAGCUAACGAAGGAGGUGCGUGAACUGGACAACCGAAUUGUGGAGUGCACCAUGAAUCAGUAUGGCAACUGGGAGUUUAUGCGCGAGCGAACCGACAAAAAACAUCCAAACAGCUACAAAACAGCACGCUCUGUUGUGGAGAGUAUAACACAUCCGAUUACCAAGGACUACCUAUUAAACUAUAUCGCGAACUGCGGCUUUCGCGAUGAUCACGCCAUGAUGCCGCCACCGCCCAACUCUCAUGGCCACCACGGGGGUCACCAUGGUCAGGGAUCGUCACAUGGCCAUGGCGGAGCACCCCCACCGCCCGGCCAGUCACGGCCCCACUAAGAAGCUGCAAGCACGCCUCACGCCUCAUCUCGCUAUUCAUCUCAUCGAACCCCGACACUAGGAAAAUAAUUAAAGCCCAAUAAAUUUAAAUAAUUCAAAUGGAUGUAUGAUUCCACUUGACGCUGUGUUGGAUGACAAAACGUGUUGUUUUCCGUGUUUUUAUUACAAUAUUAAAACGAUCAUUUCAAGGAA